ACAGCACGAGGGGGAGGAGCGAGCGAAGAAGCGACCGGAGGAGCUGCCUAACGAGAAGUGCGUGAGAUCCCGUGGGCCCCGUUCAAGGUUCUUCAUGGCUGUUGUUUGCAGCCUUGUCCGGCAUUUCCCGUUUAGACACCGCUGGUCCUUACCAAGGUUGCAGAUUGGAUGCCAGAGAAAAGCCUUGGCUGUGUGGACAUGUGGUUUCCCCCGGUCCAAAUUUAAGAAAGAAGGAACAGGGCCAUUGAAGAGAGAAGUGCUCACCAUGCCUUCCAUCCGAUGGAGCAUCAGUCACUUGGCCAAGAGAGGUCUGCAUGCUACCCAGCUUCACCUCCAGGAAGUGAUGCUCACCAGCGAGCGAUAUAGGGUGCAGAGGCUUCCCUUUGCCCAUGUUUCCAGUACUGAUGUGUCUUUCUUUGAAAACCUUAUGCCUGGCAGAGUCAUCACAGAUUUAGAUGAACUGAAACUCUUCAAUGUGGACUGGCUGAAGUCUGUAAGAGGCUGCAGUAAAAUAUUGUUGAAGCCACGGACAACAGCAGAAGUAUCUGAGAUUCUCAGGUACUGCCAUGAGAGGAACUUGGCUGUGAACCCUCAGGGGGGUAACACUGGCCUCGUUGGGGGCAGCGUCCCUGUCUUUGAUGAGAUCAUUCUCUCCACAGCUCUUAUGAACCAAAUCAUCAGCUUUGACAACGUUUCUGGAAUCCUUGUUUGCCAGGCUGGCUGCAUUUUAGAAAACCUCAACCAGUACCUGGAACAGCUGGAUUUCAUCAUGCCGCUUGACCUCGGAGCAAAGGGCAGUUGCCACAUUGGAGGGAACGUAGCUACAAAUGCCGGCGGCUUGCGGCUCCUGCGCUACGGCUCUCUCCGAGGGACAGUCCUAGGGCUAGAAGUGGUGCUGGCUGAUGGCUCUGUUUUGAACUGCUUGUCAUCUUUGCGGAAGGACAAUACUGGCUAUGACUUGAAGCAGUUGUUCAUUGGGUCUGAGGGGACCUUGGGCGUCAUUACGGCAGUAUCCAUUCUCUGCCCACGAAAACCCAAGGCCGUGAAUUUGGCAUUUCUUGGUUGUCCAAGUUUCUCUCAGGUCCUGAAGACUUUCACUCUCUGCAAGGGCAUGCUGGGAGAAAUUCUGUCUGCCUACGAGUUCAUGGACAACGAGUGCAUGAAGCUGGUUGAGCAACACCUCAAAUUAACCAACCCAGUCUCAGAAAGUCCUUUCUAUGUGCUAAUUGAGACUUCAGGCUCCAAUUCUGCCCAUGAUGAGGAAAAGCUGAGCCACUUCCUGGAACAUGUCAUGGCCUCUGGUUUGGUAGCGGAGGGAACUCUGGCUUCAGAAGAUAAAAAAAUUAAGGCGCUGUGGGCUUUGCGGGAACGGAUCACAGAGGCCUUGACUUGCGAUGGAUCCGUUUACAAAUACGACAUUUCUCUGCCUGUGGAGAAACUCUAUGAUCUGGUGACGGACAUGCGGACACGGCUGGGCGGAAAUGCCAAGAACGUGGUGGGCUAUGGCCACCUAGGAGAUGGAAACUUGCACCUGAACAUCACAGCAGAUUCCUACAGUCAUUCCCUGCUGGAGACUAUUGAGCCAUUUGUGUAUGAGUGGACUUCCCAGUACCGUGGGAGUAUCAGCGCAGAGCAUGGUCUGGGCUUCAAGAAGAAGCAUUAUAUCCACUACAGUAAGCCCCGGGAGGCCGUCCUUCUCAUGCAGCAGUUCAAGGCCAUGUUGGACCCCAAAGGGAUUCUAAACCCUUACAAGACAUUGCCGGAUAAGGCUGCAUGAUGGUGACUAUGAAGAACAGGAUCCGGAGACCUUUGCGUGGAGGUUGUCUAGCACGGAAGCUGUAAGCAAAUUGUGAAACUGCAACGUGAAAUGGAGGUUUGCUCCCCACCCACCCCCAACAAAAGAAAUAGUAAAGGAGUUGAAUUGUCCUCCCAGUAUUAUCUAUCUACCAAGCUCUGAAUUAUCCCAGAAGCAGAGAAGACAACAUUUGUUUUCUAAGGCUCUUUCCUUCAAAGCUUCCGAUUGCUCCCCAUUUUUAGGGCUUUGUUCUUAUCUGAAUACAACGUGUAGGAGUGGAACUUGGGAUAAGAGAACAAUUUGCAGGAGGAAAUUCGUGGGAUAGCUUCUCUUGCCCUCUGUUGCAGCUGCAUACAUUCAAAACACAAAGCAACAGCUGCAGGAUUUGCAAGGACCUUGAAGAAGAAAAGAGGGUAUUCUGUGCUUUGAACCAAGUGUGGGAAACAUUUUACCUUUCUUCGUGGAAAAAUAAAACCUGUAAUGAAAAUAUUACCUCAAUUUCUCUACGUUUCAAAGCAGUCCUUCUUUAUAGGUUCCCCAUUCUACAAAAACUUAAGUUGGAGAUUGGAAACCUGUGGCCCUCACAUCACCCAUCAUUACUGACCAUUGGCCAUGUUUGCCUGGGAUUGAUGGGAGUUAGGAAUCCAAAACAUCCAAAGGGAGCACUGGGUUGGAAAAGGCUGCUCAAGUUGUCUUCCUCAACCGGGUGCCUUUCAGAGGUUUCAGAAUACAACUGUCAUCAACUCCACCUAACAGCCGGUCACUGUUCUGUGACCGCUGAACAUGUGUCCUCUCUUCAUUGGGCUGUUUGGGUUUCCAACCCCCUCUUUCCCCCCCUUAAGAAUAUCUACUUCACUGAAUGUUGGUGUUGCCUGAAGCUUGCUGCUACCUCCCAUUUGUGGGUGGGUGGUACGUUAUAAUUUAGCUGCAUAAUGAGUCAUACUUAGAUGGUGAACAUGCUAUCCGUAUACACUAGUACCUCCGCUUAUGAAUUCGUUCUAGAGGUCUGUUCUUAACCCGAAACCGUUCUUAACAUGAGGCACACUUUCGCUAAUGGGGCCUCCUGCUGCUGCCGCGCAACUUCCGCUUGCAUCCCGGGGCAAAGUUUGCAACCAGGAGCAUCUACUUCCAGGUUAGCAGAGCUCGUUACCCGAAGCAUUUGUAAGGAGGACAGUACGUAACAUGAGGUUACACUGUA